UUUCGCACUCAUUGCUCCGCAAUGAUACGAAUCGUUGGUAUCAUCCUACAGUUCUGUGCUCUGCUGGUUGGAGCCCAGCAGCUCGGUUGCUCUCCUCAGUGCGCCCAAAUCUAUCAUAUAUCAUUCAACACGGGAAAUUGGCACGAAUCAGUGGAGUACUGCAAUCGGCUGGGAUUGCGGCUGGCAGUGGUUGACACAGCCGCCAAACAUGAGGCAGUCGUUGGGGCUGCCCAAACUACGGGCCUUCAAUCCACGGGAUUCUUUGGACUGUGGCUUGGCGCAAGUGAUCUGGCUAGGACUAAAACCUAUGUGUGGCACAGCACCGGCGAGGGAGUGGUUUUCGCGAAAUGGAAACCCGGAGAGCCAACCGGUGGAAAUGAACACUGCCUGAAUCUGUACUACUGGCCGGCCAUAGCUUUCAACUGGACUUGGAACGAUGCACCGUGCGACACCAGGCUGUAUGCCGUCUGCGAGAGCGACGAAAAUCGUUGCAUAGGAUGGAACUGAGUGUUUAAAUAGACAAUUUAUUUGGUUUUGGGAAUGGAAAUCGGAUAUCAAAAUUCUGUUGGUGGGAAUAGAAUUUUUACUCGGAACAAAUUAA